AAACCGCCUUUACAAGUAAUUUUCCUUUUUUCAUACUUUACCAGGAGGAAAUAAGGCAGUAACUUACACGUAGGAACUUUCUUUAUUUUCCCCAAGAAAAAUUAUCAACACAACUACUAAACCCUCUCACUUCAAUAAAAUCUUACACUGUAAGUGCAUAUUUCAAUCUCAUUUCCAUUUCAAACCCUAUAUUUCUUCCCUAAUCGCGAGAGCUCUUUGCUCUCCGAUCAAUCAUACUGUAAUGCACUGAUUGAUUUCUCUGUGAUAAUAAUCAGAGUGAUGGCUGAGAUCGCCAAGCUCGUUGAUGUUUUCUCAUCUGGCGAUGAUCUCUCUCAAAGACUUCGCGCUGAUUCAUCACUCAAUCUAGGGUUCCGGAAACUCUGUUCAAUUCUCCGGCAAGCCGUAGAACCCGUCGCUGGCGAUGGCAACAAGCUAGGGCUUCAAUUCUGGGAUCAGUCGCAGAUUCAAGCAGUCACUUCCCUCGCACUUACACUCGUCAACUCCACUCGAUCUUUAUCAGUUGAGCGAGUUGAACCUGUAAUUGUGGCGGCUAUUCAGCUUUCUGUAGAGUUUGCGUUAUGCUAUCUGGAAAAAUGGAUUUGCAACAGUGAUGAUUCAAUGCUUCAGAGCUAUAUCCUGCAGCUACUGGAAAUAGCACUAGUUGAUGAAACGGAUAAAGAGCUUGAUCUGUUGCAGCCAUGUUCGUCUAAUGCUAGCAUGGAUAUGUUGCCAAUAGCUGUAAUUGAAGAUAACUGUAGUAAAUGGCAGGACGGUACGAGAUGCAUGCUUCAAGGGGGGAGAUGUUCAAAGGAAGAGAAAGCAGCUGAUACUCUUCUAAUGACGUUAGCUUCUGAAUGGAUGCACCCUGACAAUGUGAAUACAACCACUCUUAGGCAGUCUGUUCCUUAUGAUUGUAAUAAAUUGAUCAAUGUGUCACAGCAUUGGGCAGUUGUACAUUUGGAGUGUGUUCAUCGUCUUGUUACUAUUUGCAAGGACCUUUUAAGACUUCCCGCUCCAUCUGAUGAGAAAUCUGCCAUUCCUAAUUUGAGGAAGAGAUUUUCAUUUUGUGUGAAAGUAUUCAAGUUACUGGGUAGUCUUACUAAAAAUAGCUCAUACACUCACUUUGAUGCCAAGUUAUUCCGGUCUGUUGCUUCAUUCACUGAGGUAUUGCCCACCCUGUUCAAGCUGCCGUUUGAUUUCGUAAGUGGAUAUCCUGCAGUUGAGAGUGGCUUAGAUAGUCAAGUAAUGCUGUUGCUGGAAGAGUUUAUUCAAAUUGUACAGACAAUUUUCUGCAACACCAACGUAUUUCAAAACAUCCAAGCAUGCAUUGCAGCUUUAAUAUUGGAUCAUUUGGAUCCUGACGUGUGGAAGUAUAGCAGUGCUGUUAACCCAAGGCCUCCUUUGGCCUACUGCCCCCGUGUGGUUGUUUAUGUUCUCAAGCUAAUAUUAGACGUCAGGAAUAGAACAUAUCAGCUAUUCGAGUACAAGGGCCUCGAUGUUGAAGGUGUGAGUACCAGCCAACUCUUGGAGCCUCCUUUAUGUCAGGUUCACUCAGCUAAGGUCAACCUGCUGAAGAAGUACUCAGUGGAGGAACUUUUGAGAAUAAUAUUCUCACCAUCAGUCCAAUGGGUGGAUAAUGUGAUGCAACUGCUCUUGUUCCUUCACUCUGAGGGUGUCAAAUUGAAGCCUAAAUUGGAGAGGUCAUGUUCCAGUGUCACCAAAACAUCCGUUACUUCUGAGUCUGAAAACACAGCUUGCCAUGAAGAUGAAGCCCUCUUUGGGGACCUUUUCUCUGAGGGCGGUCGCUCAGCAGGAUCUGUGGAUGGGUAUGAUCAACCUGCUGUUGCACAUAGUUCAAAUACAAGCAGCACGCCCAUUCAGGCUGCUACCGAAUUGCUCAGCUUUUUGAAUGAUUGCAUUUUAUCACCUGAAUGGUGUGGUCCUGUAUAUGAAGAUGGGUGCAGAAAAUUCACAAGCUACCACAUUGAUAUUUUGCUUUCUGUACUUAGCUCCGAAGGAUGUGAUGCUGAAGCAACAGGUCAUGAUGCUGGGAUAGCUCUAAAUGAACAAAUGAAACUUGGUUAUCGGCAUCUCAGUGAAAUUUGCCUUGAUCUGUUCCAUAACCUCCUAUCACGUCAUGCCUUGUCUGAUCGAGUUGAAGAAACACUUGUCGAGAAAAUCCUUGUUAUUGAAAAUGGUGCUUUUCUUUACAAUGAUCUAACUCUUGGUUUACUGGCGCAUGCUGUUGUCUGUCUGGUAGAUUCUGCUGGCAGCAGCUUGAGGACCAAAAUGUACAAUAUAUUUGCUGAUUUUGUCUGUGAAAAGGCAAAGACUAUAUGUUCAAAGUGUCCUAACUUGGACGAGCUUCUGGGGAUCCUUCCAUCUUUGUUUCAUGUUGAGAUACUGCUAAUGGCUUUUCACCUGUCUUCAGAAGAUGAAAAGGCUGUUCAGGCUAAUGUGGUAUUCUCUGCUCUUAAAGCCGUUGCUGUCCCAUCUGCUGGUUUUGAUAGUACGCAAUUGUCAUGUUGGGCUCUAUUAGUUUCACGUUUGAUAGUAAUGCUUCGUCACAUGCUAUUUUAUCCUCUUGUUUGUCCAUCAUCCCUGCUUUUGGAGUUCAGGACCAAGCUGAGGGAAGCCUCCUCCUCAAGAUUGAGGCCUCGUGUCAGUGGCAGUCGUGCCUCAUCUUGGGUCUCAAUUUUGUUUGAAGGUGUGAUGGGUGGCUUCAUUAAAGAAACACCUACCUGCAAUGCCUUGCUAAGUCAUCUGAUUGAUAUCACACCUCUUCCUCCAUCUGCAUGUAGAGAUGAUCCAACAAUAGAAUGCCUAGGCUUGUCCUGGAAUGACAUAUGUGCCUCUUUUUCCAGGAUUCUGAGGUUUUGGGAAGGUAAAAAACCUGAAAAAGUGGAGGACCUGAUACUUGAAAGAUACAUUUUUGUGCUUUGUUGGGAUCUACCAGUCGUGAAAUCCACCUCAGAACAUCUGCAUCGUUGGCUAACUAGUGCUGAAGUUCCUGAACUCUCAAAUGCUGAGCAUUUUGUUUACUUUAGCCAAUUAUUUUCGGGUGAUAUGGGGAAAAUUAACUACAGUCAUCUUUCUGUUAUGUUGAUGGAUUUGAUUCAUCGGUUGCAUGAUUUACACGUAUCAGAGGAUGUGGGAGAAUUCGGAUGGGAUUUUCUAAGGGCUGGAUCUUGGUUAUCUCUGUCACUUUCAUUGGUUACUGCUGGUACUGCUGGACACUGCAUGGAUAAGGCACUAGCUUCUGCUGUUCCUAUGUUACCAGAGCAGACAUCAAGAGAUGGCAAAUUUUAUGCAUUCACUGAAGGUGUUAUUUCUACUUUAGUUGGUACUAAUCAAGUUGAGCGGUUGAUUAGAGUAUUGUCAUCUUUGUUGAAGAGAUACCUACAAGUUUAUCAGAAAGCUUUAAUUAUGACGAUCGACGGUGAUCAGUUUUCGCCCAACCGACUUUCACCUACAAUGUCAUUUGUGCAUGCUGGUUUUGACAAAUGCAAGCAGGAUGAACUCCUUGAGAAGAUGGGUUCUGAUCCAUGCCAGUAUAAGCCUCUCUAUGGAACUUUGUCAAGGCUGGAUACUGCUCUUGACAAGUUAUCUUUAGGAAGUCAUUCUAAAAUCUUAUGGGAAUCUUUGCUGCAUGGCUUCCCCUGUCUUCUUCAACCUCCAAGUGGAACUCUGCUUUCGUCUAUCCUUAAUGUUGCAGGAGUAGUAAAUUGUAUAGAUGGGCUAAUGAAGGUCAUUGAUGCUGGAGGAGUUCUUUACUUGGAGACACAGGCCAUCUCUCAGAUUCUUGAAUUGGUCUGUAGGAUCAAGUGUGACAGUAUAUUUGAAGACCUUCAUGGAAAAUGUAAUGCUAUUUACCAACGGUUGACCGAAGGCUCUGGAGGAGUUGACUACAGUAGCUUAUUCGUAUUAAAGCACAUGGAGGAGUUUUUAAGGUGUGUCAAUGAGAGAGAUGGUGGAGAUACUAGUGGCAUUUAUGAAGCUCUGAUUGUCAAGGUAAUUGAUAUUGUUGAUAGCUUAAAAAGAGAGCCUUCUGGUACUGGGGUUUUGAAAUACUUUCUCUCUCUUGAGGACGGCUCCAAACAGAUAAAGGAUCUUUAUGGUUCACAACGCGGUGAUUUGUUGGUUCUUGUUGAUGCUUUAGACGGAUGCAACUCUGAGCAGGUCUCUAUAAGGGUUCUCAACUUUUUUGUUGAUCUUUUAUCUGGAGAUAUGUAUGCUCAUGUCAAAGAGAAGUUGCAGAAGAAGUUCCUUCACAUGGACAUGGUCUACCUGUCAAAGUGGCUUGAAACCAGGCUUUUAGGAUCUGUGACUGAAGAAUCUAGUGGAGUUGCAUGUGCAACAGGAGCUUCAGUUUCUCUAAGAGAAUCAACUAUGAAUUUUAUCACAUGCCUGUUGUCUCCGUCCUCUGGAAUCCUUUCACAGGAACUACAUAAGCAUUUGGUGAAAUCUAUGCUGAUUUCACUUGAUAAGGCUUUUCUGCUAUUUGAGUUCACUGUUGCCAAAUGUUAUUUCAAUUUUCUUGUUCAGCUUUCUGGAGGUGAAAAUUUAAUCAAGCAACUUAUGCGGCAGACGAUGUUGCUGACUGAGAAGCUGGCUGAUGAUGAGAAUCUACUUCAAGGGCUGAAGUAUCUCUUUGGUUUCUUUGCAAGUGUCUUGAGUGAUUGCUGCUCUGCCAAAAGUGCCACUGAACGAUCUUUAGUAAAGUCUAUCCCUAGCAGUAGUUCAGCGGUGGGGUCUGCACCUACUAGAUCUAUAUGUUCCAGGAAGAAUGCUGAUGCUGUGGUCCUUUCUUCCAGUCAAGGUGUGUCCGCAAUUGAGUGUGAUGCAACUUCUGUUGAUGAAGACGAGGAUGAUGGAACAUCUGAUGGCGAGAACGGUAGCCUGGACAAGGAUGAAGAGGAAGAUAAUAACAGUGAAAGGGCCCUCGCCUCUAAAGUUUGUACAUUUACAUCUAGUGGUAGCAAUUUUAUGGAGCAACACUGGUACUUCUGCUAUACAUGUGAUCUGACCGUGUCCAAAGGCUGUUGCUCUGUUUGUGCAAAAGUUUGUCACAGAGGUCAUCGUGUGGUUUAUUCUAGGUCCAGUCGCUUCUUCUGUGACUGUGGUGCAGGAGGUGUUCGUGGUAGCAAUUGUCAAUGUCUGAAACCUCGAAAAUUUGCUGGAAGCAACAACGCAGCCAGUCGUGGUGCUAGUAACUUCCAGUCUUUUCUGCCUUUCACGGAAAAUGGAGAUCAACUUCCUGACAGUGAUUCAGAUAUUGAUGAGGAUGUUUUGGUGGAAGCAGACAACUCUAUCAAGAUGUCUAUUCCAAAGGACCUUCAAGAUGGGAUGCCGAUCUUAUUAGACGAACUUGAUCUUGAAAGUUGUGUUGUGAGACUUUGCUCUUCACUGUUGCCUUCUAUUACAAGCCGGAGAGAUUCUAGCCUUUCGAGAGAGAGGAAAAUUUUCCUGGGUAAUGAGAAAGUACUUUGUAACAGUGUUGAUCUUUUGCAAUUGAAGAAAGCAUAUAAAAGUGGAUCGUUAGAUUUGAAGAUAAAGGCUGAUUAUUCAAAUGCCAAAGAACUUAAAUCCCACUUGGCUAGUGGUUCUCUUGUUAAAUCUUUGCUCAGUGUUAGCACACGAGGUCGGCUUGCUGUUGGAGAGGGUGACAAGGUAGCCAUAUUUGAUGUUGGACAGCUUAUUGGACAAGCUACUGUUGCUCCUGUGACUGCAGACAAGACCAAUGUGAAGCCUCUUUCUAAGAAUGUUGUCCGUUUUGAAAUUGUAAAUCUCAUUUUCAAUCCACUUGUGGAAAAUUACCUUGCGGUCGCUGGCUAUGAAGAUUGCCAGGUUCUCACAGUAAAUCAUCGAGGUGAGGUGAGCGAUCGUUUAGCCAUUGAACUCGCUCUACAAGGUGCUUAUAUCAAACAUGUAGACUGGGUCCCUGGAUCUCAAGUUCAGCUAAUGGUGGUCACCAACAAAUUUGUUAAAAUAUAUGAUUUAUCCCUUGACAACAUUAGUCCUGUGCACUAUUUCACUUUGCCUGAUGGCAUGAUUAUGGAUGCUGCACUCAUUGUGGCUUCACAGGGUAGGAUGUUUCUGAUUGUCCUUUCAGAACAUGGUAGCUUGUACAGGUUGGAGUUGUCAACAAAAGGGAAUGUUGGGGCCAAGCCAUUGAAGGAAAUCAUGCAAAUCGAGGGUAAAGAGAGACACGCGAAAGGUUCCUCCUUAUAUUUUUCAUCAAUGCAUCGUUUACUCUUUCUGUCCUUACAAGAUGGGACCACCUUGGUUGGCCGAGUAAAUCCAGAUGCAACUUCUCUAACUGAGGUCUCUGCCAUAUUGGAGAAUGAAACAGACAGUAAACAUCGGCCAGCAGGAUUGCACCGGUGGAGAGAUUUAUUUGGUGGCAGUGCUUUGUUUGUUUCCUUCUCAAGUUUGAAUUCAAAUGCCGCAUGUGCUGUCUCGUUUGGUGAACAUCAAGUACUCGUACAGAACUUGCGACAUUCAGUGGGUUCAGCUUCUCCUGUUGUAGGGGUUGCCACUUAUAAGCCUUUGUCAAAAGACAAAAUCCACUGUCUUGUUUUACAUGAAGAUGGAAGCCUUCAGAUAUACUCACAUGUUCCUGCUGGUGUAGACUCUGGUGUCAGUGCCAUCAGUGAUAAGGUUAAAAAGCUUGGCCCUGGGAUACUCAAUAACAAGGCUUAUGGAGGUACAAAACCAGAAUUUCCACUUGAUUUUUUUGAGAAAACUGUGUGUAUAACGCAAGAUGUGAAGCUGAGCAGUGAUGCUAUAAGGAAUGGUGACUCUGAGUUAGCUAAACAAACCCUGGCUUCUGAAGAUGGAUUUUUAGAGAGUCCUAACCCCGGAGGAUUCAAGAUAACUGUUUCCAAUUCGAAUCCCGACCUUGUCAUGGUCGGUCUGCGAUUGCAUGUGGGUAACACAUCUGCGAAUCACAUUCCUUCUGAGAUCACUGUAUUUCAGAGAGUGAUAAAAUUAGAUGAGGGAAUGCGUUCUUGGUAUGAUAUUGCAUUUACAGUCGCCGAAUCACUUCUUGCUGAUGAAGAAUUUACAGUAUCUGUUGGACCAACAUUCAGUGGAGCUGCUUUACCCCGAAUAGACUCCUUAGAAAUUUAUGGCCGAGCUAAGGAUGAAUUUGGUUGGAAAGAAAAGAUGGAUGCUGUUCUGGACAUGGAGGCACGUGUACUUGGUUGUAAUUCGUGGCCUGCUGGAUCUAGGAGGAAGUGCCGUGCAACACAGUCUGCACCACUGCAGGAGCUGGUUGUGGCUGCUGGAUUGAAGCUCUUGUCAAGAAUCUACUCUUUGUGCAAACCGAAAGGAUGCUCAAAAGUUGAGGAAGCUAAGGUGGAGCUGAGCAAAUUGAGGUGCAAGCCCUUGUUAGAAGUUAUAUUUGAAAGUGACAGAGAGCCUUUGUUGCAGGCAGCUGCCAAUCGUGUCCUGCAAGCCGUCUUCCCAAAGAGGGAGAUAUAUUACCAAUUUGGAGAAGUUACAAUCCUGGUACUUAUGUUCUUUACCUUAAUGCUGCGAAACUGGCACCAGCCAGGAACUGAUGGUUCGGCAACUAAAUCUGGUGGUGUGACUGAAGCGCAUGACAAAGCUGCCUUGCAUAUCUCACCUUCCACUUGUGUUGCUGCUUCACCUACCUUAGAUGGUCAAGAGAAAAUUGACUUUAUCUCCCAUUUACUUCGUGCUUGUAGCUAUCUUAGGCAGCAAGCAUUUGUCAAUUAUCUGAUGAACAUUCUACAGGAGCUAACUCAAGUUUUUAAAUCUCCACCUAUUAGCACAGAUGCAUCUUCUGGGUUGAACACCGCUUCUGGUUGUGGUGCUUUGUUGACAAUCCGUAGGGAAGUGCCUGCGGGUAACUUCUCUCCAUUCUUUUCAGACUCGUAUGCAAAAUCACACCGUGCGGACAUAUUUGUGGACUACCAUAGGCUGUUGUUGGAGAACACUUUCCGUCUGCUCUACAGCUUGAUCCGACCAGAAAAGCACGACAAGGCUGGGGAGAAAGAGAAGAUCCACAAGAUGACUUCUGGUAAGGAUUUGAAGCUAGAUGGAUAUCAAGAUGUCCUGUGCAGCUAUAUCAACAAUCCUAACACCAGUUAUGUUAGAAGGUACGCCAGGAGGCUUUUUCUGCAUCUCUGUGGUAGUAAGACACACUACUACAGUGUUCGAGACUCUUGGCAGUUCUCAACUGAAGUUAAAAAGCUCUAUAAGCACAUAAAUAAAUCUGGUGGAUUUCAAAGUUCUAUCUCAUAUGAAAGAAGUGUGAAGAUAGUAAGGUGCCUAACGACCAUGGCUGAAGUGGCUGCAGCUCGUCCUCGAAAUUGGCAAAAGUAUUGUUUAAGGCAUGGUGAUCUUCUUCCUUUCCUUCUGAAUGGAAUAUUUUAUUUUGGGGAAGAGUGUGUUAUUCAGGCAUUGAAGCUUCUGAAUCUGGCCUUCUAUACUGGGAAAGAUAGCACACACUCAUCACAGAAAGCUGAGGUAGCGGAAGCUGGAACAACUGUGAGUAAGUUAGGGUCACAAGCUCCUGAAUAUAAAAAGAAGAAGAAGGGGGAAGACAGUGAAUCUGGUGUUGAGAAAACUCAGUUGGAUAUGGAAGCAGUGGUUGAUGUUUUCAUUGGAAAAGGUGGUGAUGUGUUGAAACAAUUUAUUGACUGCUUUUUAUUGGAAUGGAAUUCAAGCUCUGUGCGCUCAGAAUCCAAAUCAGUUCUCCUCGGUGUCUGGCAUCACGGGAACCCGGCAUUCAGAGAAACAUUGUUAACUGCACUUUUGGAGAAGGUAAAAUCUUUACCAAUGUAUGGGCAGAACAUCAUUGAAUAUACAGAACUUGUUACAUUCUUGCUAGGGAAGGUCCCUGAUCAUGGUGCGAAGCUACAGAGUGCUGAAGUUGUUGACAAAUGCUUGACUGCCGAUGUGAUUAAUUGCAUAUUUGAGACACUUCAUUCACAAAACGAGCUUUUGGCGAACCAUCCAAAUUCUCGAAUAUACAACACUUUGAGUGGAUUGGUGGAAUUUGACGGUUACUACCUUGAGAGUGAGCCUUGUGUAGCCUGCAGCUCCCCCGAGGUUCCGUAUAGUAGGAUGAAGCUUGAAAGUUUGAAGUCAGAAACGAAGUUUACUGACAACCGCAUCAUAGUGAAAUGUACUGGUAGCUACACCAUUCAGAGUGUGGCAAUGAAUGUUCAUGAUGCUCGUAAAUCCAAGUCAGUGAAAGUUCUAAACCUUUAUUACAAUAACAGGCCUGUGGCUGACUUGUCAGAGUUGAAAAACAAUUGGUCCCUUUGGAAGCGUGCAAAAAGCUGCCAUCUUGCUUUUAAUCAAACUGAGCUGAAAGUUGAUUUUGCCAUCCCAAUUACAGCGUGUAAUUUUAUGAUUGAAUUGGAUUCAUUUUAUGAAAAUCUUCAAGCUUUGUCCCUCGAGCCGUUGCAGUGUCCCCGUUGCAGUCGGGCUGUGACUGAUAAGCACGGUAUUUGCAAUAAUUGUCAUGAGAAUGCUUAUCAAUGCAGACAGUGCAGGAACAUCAACUAUGAAAAUCUUGAUUCCUUCUUAUGCAAUGAGUGUGGGUACAGCAAAUAUGGUCGCUUUGAAUUUAAUUUUAUGGCAAAGCCAAGUUUCACUUUUGAUAGCAUGGAAAAUGAAGAAGACAUGAAGAGGGGAUUGACUGCAAUAGAGGCAGAGUCGGAAAAUGCUCAUCGUAGAUAUCAGCAGCUUUUGGGAUUCAAAAAACCUUUGCUGAAGAUUGUGUCUAGUGUUGGUGAAAAUGAGAUGGAUUCUCAGCAGAAGGAUUCGGUUCAACAAAUGAUGGUCUCUUUGCCUGGACCUUCAUGCAAGAUAAACCGUAAAAUUGCUCUUCUUGGUGUCCUUUAUGGUGAGAAAUGCAAAGCAGCAUUUGAUUCUGUCAGUAAGAGUGUUCAGACCCUCCAAGGUCUGAGGCGAGUUUUGAUGAAUUAUUUGCAUCAGAAACAAUCAGAUAAUGUUGGUCCAGCCUCCAGAUUUGUUGUUUCGAGGGUACCUAACAGUUGCUAUGGUUGUGCUUCCACUUUUGUCACCCAAUGCUUGGAGAUAUUACAGGUGCUAUCAAAAAAUCCAGCAUCCAAGAAGCAACUUGUUGCUGCUGGUGUUCUGUCUGAGCUGUUCGAAAAUAACAUCCAUCAGGGCCCCAAAACCGCUCGUGUCCAAGCUAGAGGAGCUCUUUGUGCCUUCUCUGAGGGUGACACUAAUGCGGUAGCUGAGUUGAACAGUCUAAUACAGAAGAAGGUAAUGUAUUGCCUUGAACAUCACCGCUCCAUGGACAUCGCGUUGGCUACACGUGAAGAGUUGUCCCUGCUUUCUGAUGUGUGUUCAUUGUCGGAUGAAUUCUGGGAAUCAAGAUUAAGGGUUGUUUUCCAGUUGUUAUUUGCAUCUAUCAAGGUGGGAGCUAAACAUCCUGCAAUAUCUGAACAUGUGAUUCUUCCUUGCCUGAGGAUCAUAUCUCAGGCUUGUACUCCUCCAAAGCCUGAUGGUGUUGACAAAGAGCAAGGAGCAGGAAAAUCUUCUCAUGUCACGCAAGUGAAAGAUGACAGUUCAAAUGUUUCUGGGUCUAACAGCCUUGUUAGUGGAGGAAGUAAGUCAAUGUCAGAGUCGUCAGAGAAAAGUUGGAAUGGUUCUCAGAAGGCUCAAGAUAUACAACUGUUAAGCUAUUCAGAGUGGGAAAAAGGAGCCUCCUAUCUAGACUUUGUGAGGCGACAGUAUAAGGUUUCUCAGGCUGGGAAAAGUGGUCAAAGAUCCCGUCUUCAGAGGCAGGACUACCUGGCGCUGAAAUAUCUUCUCAAGUGGAAGCGACGUGUUUCAAAGACAGCUCGAAAUGAGAUAUCAUCAUUUGAACUGGGCUCAUGGGUUACAGAACUCAUACUGAGUGCUUGUUCGCAGUCUAUUAGGUCAGAGAUGUGUAUGUUGAUUAGUUUACUCUGUGGCCAGAGUUCAUCACGACAGUUUCGCUUGCUAAACUUGCUCAUGUCUUUGUUAUCGGCAACUCUUGCUGCUGGAGAAAAUGCUGCUGAGUACUUUGAACUGCUGUUUAAAAUGAUAGACACAGAGGAUGCUCGUCUUUUCUUGACGGUGCGUAGUUGCUUGACAACAAUAUGCAAGUUGAUCACUCAGGAACUGGUUAAUGUUGAAAAGUUGGAGAGGAGCCUGCAUGUUGACAUAUCUCAGGGCUUUAUUCUUCAUAAACUUAUCGAGCUCCUUGGCAAGUUUUUGGAGGUUCCAAGCAUCAGAUCCAGAUUCAUGAGAGAGCAUUUGCUUUCCGAGGUUCUUGAGGCUCUCAUUGUGAUUAGGGGGUUGGUUGUGCAGAAGACAAAACUAAUAAAUGACUGUAAUAGACUUCUCAAAGAUCUUCUUGAUAGUCUUUUGCUAGAAAGUAAUGAAAAUAAACGUCAGUUCAUCCAGGCAUGCAUCUCUGGUCUACAAAUUCACCGAGAUGAGAAUAGAGGGCGAACUUCUUUGUUCAUCUUGGAGCAGCUCUGCAAUCUGAUUAGCCCCUCAAAACCAGAGCCUGUGUAUCUUUUGAUCUUGAACAAGGCUCAUACACAGGAAGAAUUUAUCAGGGGAUCGAUGACAAAGAAUCCAUAUUCAAGUGCUGAAAUUGGUCCAUUGAUGCGUGAUGUCAAAAAUAAAAUCUGCCAACAGCUUGAUCUCUUAGGUCUUAUUGAAGAUGAUUAUGGCAUGGAAUUGCUAGUAGCUGGGAAUAUUAUUUCUUUAGAUUUGAGUAUUGCUCAAGUCUUUGAGCAAGUGUGGAAGAAAUCCAGUAGUCAGUCUGCAAGUGUAGUUGCCGCGGCAACUUCACUUUCUUCCAGUGCUGCUGUAUCAGGCAGAGAUUGUCCCCCAAUGACAGUGACCUACCGACUACAGGGAUUAGAUGGUGAAGCUACUGAGCCCAUGAUUAAAGAAAUUGAUGAGGAUAGAGAGGAGACCCAAGAUCCAGAGGUGGAGUUUGCCAUAGCUGGUGCAGUGCGGGAAUGUGGUGGACUGGAAAUUCUUUUAAAAUCAACUGUGGAGUGGGCAUCGGGUUUAAAGCUCCCAUCUAUUCCUCUUAUUUUAUCCAUGCUGAGGGGUUUGUCCAUGGGCCAUUUGGCCACUCAAAAGUGCAUAGAUGAAGGAGGAAUCUUGCCAUUGCUUCAUGCUUUGGAGGGUGUCUCAGGUGAAAAUGAGAUUGGAGCCAGGGCUGAAAACUUGUUGGACACACUUUCUGAUAAGGAGGGAAAAGGUGAUGGGUUCUUAGCCGAGAAAGUUCACCAACUACGUCAUGCAACGCGGGAUGAGAUGAGGCGACGAGCAUUGAGGAAGAGAACAGAAUUGCUGCAGGGACUUGGUAUGCGGCAAGAACUGUCCCCAGAUGGUGGUGAACGUAUUGUUGUUGCGCGACCGGUCUUGAAAGGUUUGGAAGAUGUUGAGGACGAGGACGAGGAAGGAUUGGCUUGCAUGGUUUGUCGUGAAGGCUACCGCUUGCGCCCUACAGACUUGCUUGGCGUAUACACUUAUAGUAAACGGGUUAACCUUGGUAUUGGAAGCUCUGGAAAUGCUCGUGGAGACUGUGUUUACACAACAGUCAGCCAUUUCAACAUCAUACAUUUUCAGUGCCAUCAGGAGGCUAAACGGGCAGAUGCAGCCUUAAAGAAUCCUAAAAAAGAAUGGGACGGAGCGGCCCUAAGAAACAACGAGACACUAUGCAAUAAUCUAUUCCCAGUGAGAGGUCCAUCAGUACCAAUGGGCCAAUAUAUACGCUAUGUUGAUCAAUACUGGGAUUACCUCAAUGCUCUUGGACGUGCUGAUGGAAGUCGGCUCCGGUUGUUAACCUAUGACAUUGUUCUGAUGCUUGCUCGAUUUGCAACUGGUGCUUCAUUUAGUGCAGAUUGCAGAGGUGGUGGAAAAGAGAGUAAUGCUCGAUUUUUGCCUUUCAUGAUGCAAAUGGCUCGUCACCUUCUUGAUCAUGAUUCUUCUCAGCGGCAUAUCAUGAUUAAGUCUAUCUCAACUUAUUUAAGUUCUCCCGCAUCAGAAUCCAGAGCCUCCACUACUGCUGGAACUCAGACUUCUGCUGGUACAGAGGAAACUGUCCAAUUCAUGAUGGUUACCUCACUUCUUUCAGAAUCCUAUGAGUCGUGGUUGCAGCAUCGCUCUUCCUUUUUACAACGAGGUAUAUACCAUGCAUAUAUCCAGCGGACUCACGGUAGGCCUGUGCCUCGUUCUUCACGCAAUCUGUCUGGGGCUUUGAAACCAGAGUCGGGAAGUACAAGUGCAUCUGCGUCUGAGGCUGGGGGGUCAGUUGAGUUAUUCUCAACUAUCCACCCGAUGCUUGUCUACACUGGUUUGAUAGAACAGAUGCAGCGCUUUUUCAAGGUCAAAAAAUUAUCGAGUGUGACCAUCUUGAGAACCCAAGGUACUUCUAAGAAUGUCGAAGAGGAUGAUGAGAGCAGAAAGUUAGAAGGCUGGGAGGUCGUCAUGAAAGAUAGAUUUUUAAAUGUGAAGGAAAUGGCAGAUUUCUCCUCGAAACUAUUAUCGUGGCUUGAUGACAUGACAUCGGCGACGAACUUCCAGGAGGCAUUUGAUAUUCUUGGUGUUUUGGGCGAUGUGCUUUCUGGGUUCAGUCGAUGCGAGGAUUAUGUACAUGCUGCAAUCAGUGGUGGGAAAAACUGAUCUAUCAUAAGUGUCGUGUUGAUGUGUUCUCUGGCCUUCUGGGUUCAGUCAAUGCGAGUAUUAUGUACAUGCUUCACUCAGAUGUGGGAAAAACUGCAGAUUUGUCAGAGGCUGUUUCUUGGUUCGGUAUUGUAUUCCCAAGAUUUUUGGUUUGAGUGUGUGUCAAAUAUCUUUUGUAGGUGCAUCUCUUGUUCCUCCGUAUACACAGAUUGCUCGUAUAGUAAUUGGAAUGAUUUUGCGAGUGAACCCUCGAAGAGUCCCCCAGUUUUGUUUCCAACUUGCCAUCAUUCUUGAUGCUGUGAAUAAUUGUCAAUGCAAAUAUGCGAUCUUCAAUUAGUUCUUUUGUUUACUGCAUCAGUGUACUAAAUCUAUUGAUGUAUGUCGCGAAUGAUUUACCCAUCUAGACAGUUGCCUA